GACGGAGGGGACUGUGUGAGUGUGUGCGUGAGGCCCUGUGCACAGGACCGGGACGGCGUGUGGACGCAGUGCGUUUUGCUGGGGCUGUGUGAGUGUCACUGUGCCGGUGGUACUAGGCUCCUGCUGCUUCCUCCGUCUUUCCCCUUCAAAGCUGCAGAGGCUGCAGCAGAGGAAUGAAAAUGUCCCCAGUAGGGAGGUUAGAUAUUGAACCGAGAAUGAAGCUUUGCACAAGAAGGCGCAGAUCUGGACUCGGGGUGGGAAUAUGAGAGCUGGAAGUGCCUCUUGAGGGUCCCCCAGGAGGGCAGCUACAUGUUGAGAACCCAGCGUCCCUCAGAGAUCUGUCCCCAGGAACCAGCUUCGAACUCAGACCGAUUCCUCCUCCUUUUAUUUCCUUCUCAUUUCGUACGAAGUGAGGGAAGUUGUGGCCAUGGAGGGUGCUUUCAAACUUAGUCUGCGCUCCAAGAAAAGCCUGGAGUCUCACGCUUGCCGUAUCCUUCUCCAGUCGUAUUAUUAUCCAAAAGAAGGACCGGGAGGAGGAUGAGAGCGUUAUUGUUGCACACUUAAGUCAAGGGGGAGAAGCCCGAGGAAGAUUGACCAAUUUUGUAAUUCUAGAAACAUGGUCCAUGGAUCAGUGACAUUCAGGGAUGUGGCCAUUGACUUCUCUCAGGAGGAGUGGGAGUGCCUGCAGCCUGAUCAGAGGACCUUGUACAGGGAUGUGAUGUUGGAGAACUACAGCCACCUGAUCUCACUGGGAAGUUCCAUUUCUAAGCCAGAUGUGAUUACAUUACUAGAGCAAGAGAAAGAGCCCUGGAUUGUUGUAAGUAAAGAAACAAGCAGAUGGUAUCCAGAUUUGGAGUCAAAAUAUGGACCUGAGAAAAUAUCUCCAGAAAAUGAUAUUUUUGAAAUAAAUUUACCCAAACAUGUUAUAAAGCAAAUAAGUAAAACACUUGGCCUCAAGGCCUUUUAUUUUAGAAAUGACUCAGAAUAUAGAAGUAGAUUUGAGGGACGACAGGGACAUCAAGAAGGAUAUAUCAACCAGAAGAUCAUCAGCUAUGAAGAAAUGCCUGCUUAUACUCAUGCUUCUCCUAUUCAUAAUACACAUAAACCAUAUGAAUGUAAGGAAUGUGGGAAAUACUUUAGUUGUGGUUCAAAUCUUAUUCAGCAUCAGAGUAUUCAUACUGGAGAGAAACCCUAUAAAUGCAAAGAAUGUGGGAAAGCCUUUCAACUUCACAUACAACUUACUCGACAUCAGAAAUUUCAUACUGGUGAGAAAACUUUUGAAUGUAAGGAAUGUGGAAAAGCCUUUAAUAUUCCCACCCAGCUUAAUCGCCAUAAGAACAUUCACACAGUUAAGAAACUGUUUGAAUGUAAGGAAUGUGGGAAGUCUUUUAAUCGUAGCUCAAACCUUACUCAGCAUCAAAGUAUUCAUGCUGGUGUAAAACCAUAUCAAUGUAAGGAGUGUGGGAAAGCCUUUAAUCGUGGUUCAAAUCUUAUUCAGCAUCAAAAAAUUCAUUCCAAUGAGAAACCCUUUGUAUGUAGGGAAUGUGAGAUGGCCUUUCGAUAUCAUUACCAACUCAUUGAACAUUGCCGAAUUCAUACUGGCAAGAAACCCUUUGAAUGUAAAGAAUGCAGAAAGGCCUUUACUCUUCUGACAAAGCUUGUUCGACAUCAGAAGAUUCAUAUGAGUGAGAAGCCCUUUGAAUGCAGGGAAUGCGGGAAGGCCUUUAGUCUUCUCAAUCAGCUUAAUCGCCAUAAGAAUAUUCACACAGGUGAAAAACCAUUUGAAUGUAAAGAAUGUGGGAAGUCCUUUAAUCGUAGUUCAAACCUUAUUCAACACCAGAGUAUUCAUGCUGGUGUAAAACCAUAUCAAUGUAAGGAGUGUGGGAAAGGCUUUAAUCGUGGCGCAAAUCUUAUUCAGCAUCAAAAAAUUCAUUCCAAUGAGAAACCGUUUGUAUGUAGGGAAUGUGAGAUGGCCUUUCGAUAUCAUUACCAACUUAUUCAACAUUGCCAAAUUCAUACUGGUGGGAAACCCUUUGAAUGUAAAGAAUGUGGAAAGGCCUUUAGUCUUCUGACACAGCUUGCUCGACAUAAGAACAUUCAUACUGGUGAGAAACCAUUUGAAUGUAAAGACUGUGGGAAGGCCUUCAAUCGUGGCUCGAACCUUGUUCAACAUCAGAGUAUUCACACUGGUGAGAAGCCCUAUGAAUGUAAGGAGUGUGGGAAGGCUUUUAGACUUCACCUACAACUUUCUCAACAUGAGAAAACUCAUACAGGUGAGAAACCCUUUGAAUGUAAGGAAUGUGGGGAAUUCUUUCGUCGUGGUUCAAAUCUUAAUCAACAUCGAAGUAUUCAUACCGGAAAGAAACCCUUUGAAUGUAAGGAAUGUGGCAAGGCCUUCAGUCUUCACACCCAGCUUAAUCGCCAUAAGAACAUUCACACAGGUGAGAAGCCAUUUAAAUGUAAAGAAUGUGGGAAGUCCUUUAAUCGUGUCUCAAACCUUGUUCAACAUCAGAGUAUUCAUGCUGGUGUAAAACCAUAUGAAUGUAAGGAGUGUGGGAAAGGCUUUAGUCGUGGUUCAAACCUUAUUCAGCAUCAGAAAAUUCAUUCCAGUGCGAAACCCUUUGUAUGUAAGGAGUGUAGGAAGACCUUUAGAUAUCAUUACCAGCUUACUGAACAUUACCGAAUUCAUACUGGUGAGAAACCCUUUGAAUGUAAAGAAUGCGGAAAGGCCUUUGGUCUUCUGACACAGCUUGCUCAACAUCAGAUCAUUCAUACUGGUGAGAAGCCAUUUAAAUGUAAGGAGUGUGGGAAGGCCUUUAAUCGUGGCUCAAACCUUGUUCAACCUCAGAGUAUUCAUACUGGUGAGAAACCCUAUGAAUGUAAGGAGUGUGGGAAGGCUUUUAGACUUCACCUACAACUUUCUCUGCAUCAAAAACUUGUACAGGUGAGAAACCCUUUGAAUGUAAGAAAUGUGGGACAGCCUUCAGACAUCAGUAGCAACUUACUGAACAUCAGAAAAUUCAUACUUGGGUGAAAACCUUUGAAUGUAAGGAAUGUGGGAAGGCCUUUCAAUAUCAUUACCAAUUUCAUGGACAUUAUCGAUUUCAUAUUCUUGAGAACCCUUAUUAAUUUCAAGGAUGUGGGAAAUGCUUUACCAGUGGUAGAAACCUUAGAGUACAUCAGAGAAUUCAUACUGGUGAGAAACCAUAUCAAUGUGAAGAAUGUGGGAAAGCCUUUAGUCAUAGUUCAAACCUGUUAAACAUGUUAAAAUUCAUACUGAUGAGAAACCCUAUGAAUGUAAGGAAUGUGAAAAGGCCUUUAGCAGUAAUUAUGAUCUUACUGUACAUCUGAGAAUCCAUACUGCUGAGAAACCCUGUGAGUGUAAAGAAUGUGGAAAACUUUUGGAUUUAGCUUAGUCUUUACUGCACAUCAAAGAAUUCAUACUGGUAUGAACCGUAUGAAUGUAAAGAAUGUGGAAAGACCUUUACUUGUAGCUCGAGCCUUGUUCAACAUGUUAAAAUUCAUACUGGUGAGCAACCCUGUGAAUGUAAAGGAUGUGGGAAGACCUUUAGACUUAGUUCAGUCCUUUCUGCACAUCACAGAAUUCAUACUGGCAUGAAACCCUGUGAAUGUAAAGAAUGUGAGCAAACCCUUACUGUGAAUGAUCUGCUUACGCAACAUCAGAAAAUUCAUUAUAGUUAGAAGUUUUAUUAAUAUAAGGAGUGUAGACAAGCCUUCACUGUGUAUGAAAAAUUUACUCAACACCAGAGAAUUCAUAUUGAUGAGAAAUCCUGUGAACAUAAAAGAAUGUGUGAAGAACUUU